CAUUAUAACGAAAUAAAACUCAAAAAAGUUGAUUUUACAUGAGAUUGCCCCUUUAAAGAAAAAUAUUCAGCCUCUUAAAGAGGCUCUUUUUGAACAGUCUUCUUACCAACUUAUUACAUAUUAACCUAAUUAGUUGUAAAAUGCUCCUAUUCAGACCUUUUUCCACUGCAUUUUGUUUCUCUUGUCUGAACUUUUUGGAGAUAUGUUGCUACUGUUUAAUUCAAAAUGACCUUAUUUUUUUUCCCAAAGAAUAUUCAAAUUUCUAGUUUACACAUUUGAUCUAUUUACUAUGUCCCGUUGUGAAUAAAACAAAAAAAUUUAACAUCCCAAGUUUUUCAAAAUUAAAGCUGUAAUAAAAUCACUGAAAUGCUUUCAUUUAAGCUGUUUUUCAACACUGAGUAUAUCAGUACGUACUAAUGAGCACUAUCUGAAUCAAACACGUAGUUCUAUCUUUUCAUCUAUGUAUGAACCUCCUGAUGUGGAAGUAGCUAAUGUGUUUAUCUAAGUGGCGUCAAUGGGAUUUAAGGUGGGACGACGUUAGUGAGAGCUCACAUCAACACAUGCAAACUAUAUAAACCAUGAGUAGAGUCUGAACAAUGCAGUCCACAGUCCAAACUUUUCUGCUUCCUGAAAGCAUUUCCUAACUCUCCUAAUUUUUUUUCCUCAGGACAAACACAAAAAGACUUUAAAUCAGAGUCAAAGCUUAAAGCAAGAAAGCUAAAAGACGGCAGCACGGCGAGCUUUUAAAAGCACGGAGAGCUCCACCUUGUUACUAUGAGACAGCCAAGUAGCCGCAGCUUUCUGCAUCCAGCUCUUAUCGCUGAGUCAACAAAGAGGGCAUCGGGUAAAAACAGCCACUGAGACAAGUUGAGUGACGGCCAUCGAUUUUUUUUGCAAAACAACACUUUACAUCGUAGACGUCAGGACAUCGCUGGAGGAAGUAGAGAGCUCAUCAUAAAAAGCACCUGCCACUCCAUCUGUGAUUCCUCCCUAAACUCAAAACCACAAUGGCUUCAUCUAUACUGAUUUCAAACUUCACACAGGAGUGGGUCAAGACCAUGAAGUGGUGGCACCUGGAGUUUUUCUGCAUCCCCACUGUUAUCAUCACUUUAGCCACCUUUCUCGUCAACCCUGUCCUCCUGACGUGUAUUUUUCUGUCCCGCUCCCUGCGUCAGGAGACCCGCUACUUGCUGGUGGCCAACACCCUGACGGCGGACAUGAUUUUCCUCGUCCUCAAUCUGGUCACGCUGAUCGGCAACGCCGCGGGCGCUCAGAUGCCUUGGGUCGUUUGUGAGCUCCUGACGGCGGUCCUCGUCACGGCUUACAGCUGCGCCAUCCUCACCGUCACCGUGAUGGUGGUCGACACCUUCGCCGCCGUCCGCUGGCCCCUCCRUUACCACGACUUUCUUUCGCCUGCCCGCACCUACUGCGUCUUGGUYGGGCUGUGGGUGCUGGCAGCCAUUUACCCUUUCACCUUGCUGAUCAUCAUGAAGGAAAGCCGGGGAAGUUCUGGCGAGAAAGUGCCCGUUUGCCUGGCUCUCAUCUCCCUGGGUUUUCUUCAGGUCAAACACGUCGGGGCGAACUACUUGUACUUCUUCGUGUCAGCUCUCAUCUGCACCUUCCUCAUUUUCUACUGCUACAUUCGACUCUACAUGGUCACAAGGACGCAGGGGAUCUGGCACAACCGAUUCUCCAGGGCUCGGGUUACCGUGCUGGCUCACGGGGUUCUUCUCCUGCUUUACUUUGCCCCCGGAUUUGUUUUCACUCUGGAGCUCUUUGUGUUCCAGCGAGAAGAUGUAAGUCAGGAUGUCCGAGUGUGGAUCAGCACGGUCAACGCUUGCGUUUUYAUGUUGCUGCCCCGUGCUUUUGCACCUUACCUGUAUGGCCUAAGGUACAGGGAGAUUGCYGAAUCUUUAAUUACGCUUUGGCAUCGUCACAAGAGACUCAGCCAGACCACCUUAUCAUGAGGACUUCUAAAAACUGACAGCUAUUCAUACCUGACCUGUCGUCAUUAAAGAUGCGCUGUAGUGGAACUAUUUAGUUUGACAUCCUUUUUUUGUGACUAUAGCUACUAUUAUGGAUUUUCCAGGCACACAGUUCAAUUCUUUACCACAAUCAAGUAACUAUGUUACCUUCAGUUGUUAUAAAAUGCUGUAUA